AUGCGUUCUACGACCACUUUGCUGGCCUUCGCGCUCGCCUAUACUACAUAUGCCGACACCAUCGAAGGCCUACCGGACACCGGCCUCGACCUAUCCUCAUGGACCAAGGGCACUCUCCCUCCAAUCGCCGACGUCGUGGAUUCCAACGACAUGCAGAUAGCAGCCUGGAACACCCUCUCACCUGCCGACUACGCGUACUACCGGACCGCCGCACUCGACGAAAUAACCUACCAAGCCAACCUCUUCAUCUGGGAGAAGAUUAGAAUCAACGGCUUUAGCUUCACAGACGUCUCUGACAGCAAUCUCAAGACAUCGAUUCUAGGCUACCAAUUCAAUGCUCCAUUCUUCAUCGCACCAGCCGCCCAAGCUGGACGUGCCAGCCCAGGCGCUGAGUCCAACCUCGUGAAGGCUGCAGGUGCCGCAGGUAUACUCUACGUACCUUCCAUCUCGUCCACGCAAUCGAUCAAGACCAUCGGUUCUGCAGCCUCGAGCGGGCAGGUCAUGUUUCACCAGGAGUACAUCUGGUCUAACACGACUCGUCUACAAUCGGAGCUGGACCAGAUGGAGGCUGCUGGCUUCAAAGCCAUCUUUCUCACCGUCGACAACACCGGCGUGAACGGCAUCCGGGACAGGCAGCUGCGCUUCAGUUCUGGAGGCGACACUGGGCACAGCGCUACGUUCACCAUCGAUGCGCUCAACCAGUUGAGGAACAUGACGAGCUUGCCGAUCGUACCGAAAGGUGUCAAGACCGCGCAUGACGUAAAGCUGUGCGCAGAGCUGGGCUUUCCGGCUGUGUACAUCUCCAACCACGGCGGACGCGUCGUCGAUGGGGCUCCUACCGCGGUCGAGAUCUUGCUGGAUGUCCACAAGCUUUACCCAGAGGUCUUCGAUCAGAUCGAGAUCUACGCUGAUGGUGGUGUACGACGUGCGACACAUAUCUUGACGCUGCUUGCGCUCGGCGUACGAGCUGUUGGACUUGGCCGCUCUCCGAUGUUUGCGAAUGUGUAUGGUGAGGCUGGCGUGACGAAGCUCAUUAACAUCCUUACGCUUGAGUUGACGACGACGAUGGCUUUGCUGGGUGAGGGUAACGUUGAUGGGUACCGCGGAAACACGACUUUCAUCAAUACGAAGCAACUUGAGCUCAACUAUUUCGGCAGCCCACAAGACAUCGACUUCAGCAGCACACCGACAAGCAUUCCACCUGGCUCAUUCGGUGGCUCUAGUAACACGACGUCAAAAGGUCUCUUCUAG